UAACAAAAUUUACAAUAUCCAGACGAAAAAAGAUUGAAAGUUGCAGUGAGUGCAAAAUUAAGAAAUUUGCUUUUAUCAAAAUAUCAAACUAGCUGCCAAUUACACGAUUUUCUCAAAGAUUUCUCAAAAAAUUCCUAUUGAUUGAGCAAAACUUAUAAUAUUGGCAAUGUUUACUUAAUCAGAGAGUAAUUAUCUUUUCCUUGUGUGUAAAUCACAUGGAGUAAUUUUAUUUAUUUUUAAUUUAGAAACUUAAGUUAUAAUAUUAUUUCGAACUUAUAAUAUAAAUUUUUUGCUAUGUUCGAUUGAUGUAAAUCUGGUCGUCUAGGUCUAAAUUGUUUUCUACAGUCCCCAGCUUUAACAAAUACUACUGUGAGUAUAAUUUAUUUUUAUUGCACAAAUUGGGUCUCGAAUUAAAGUUUCGAAUAAAAUAAACCAUGGAUCUUGGACCAGUUAAAAAAUUUGCCGUGAUUAAGCUUUAUUUUUUCAACGCUGGAGUAUAAGAAACUUCUCAGAUGACCUAUUCCCAGAUUAAUAUUGCAAAUAUGCAAUCCAAUGGAAGCUGCAUCGGACAGAACAGAAUGAUUCUACGUUCGCAUUUGUUGAGUAGCCACAGUAGCCAGGAUGAUAUUAUUUGCACUAAGAGGAAUUUUCCUUCAAAUUUAGAUUUUAUUAUCACGCGCGAGAUUUUGAGAUAAUGAAAAAAGUUUAGAGGAAAACACAGACCUAUAAUCUAUUUUGGGAUUUAUAACGCAUUAAUUUUUUAUUAUGUUUAUUAUAAAUGUUUAUAACCUGCUGGUCCUACGUAUUCCCUCCGACAUUUUCGACGUGCCGCGGUCUCGCGCGCUAUUUUCCUAACCUCAUCUCCCGUCUCGCUGCAGAAUAUCUUCUCGCAAACUGUUUCGCUGCUCGUCUCGUUCCAUAUUUCCUGACAUUUCUCGUAUCGCGUCUCCCGAGUGAUCGUUCGCGGGAACGAGGGACACUCGUUCCGAGAAGGGAAGAAAUUCGCACGGGGACGUCACCCUCACCCUACUUUGGUCUCGUCUUGUUACAUAACCUCGCGACACGAGUCCGUGCCAAACAUCCUCGGUAUCGUCUUUUUUGCCCGAACGGUCGCACUAUAGAGAAUACGUCUGAUGAAUCGGAGGAUGAACUGGCGCGAAUUCGCGCGCGAGCGAGGUUUCCAGAUACAACCAGAUUAGAGAGAAACGACAUAACUGUCGUCACCAAACACGCCUCCGGGGAUACCGACCAGAGGAACAUGUCCGUCACAUCUGUAAUACAGAGCAGGGCUCUCAGUCCAAAUGGUUUUAGCUUUAGCGAACGGUGUAGGAUAAGAAAUAGUCUUUUGCCUAAUAAACCGCACUUCAUAGAAGAAUAUGGUUCCAAAGUGUUUUGCGGCUCAUACUCUAAGGAUGGGGAGUUCUUCAUCACUGCCACUCAAGACAAAUGGUUGUACAUAUAUCAGACGCACAACGGUAAUUUUAUCUUGUACAAUCGGAUGCUGGCGCACGACGUUGGUUGGAGCGUUCUGGACAUAGCGUUCAGUCCGAAUGGCAAACACUUUGCAUACUCGAGCUGGGCGGACUGUUUAUAUCAGUGUCACAUAUCUGGAGGCUCACUGGAAACGUUACCAUUAACGCCAGGUGUACGGCGAUUUUGCGUUUUCUCUGUAGCUUUUUCGAAUGAUGGCAAAGAAAUCCUUGGUGGUGCCAAUGAUCAAUGCCUUUACAUAUACGAUCUCGAGUGCCAGCAGCGAAUCUUGCGGUUUGAAGGUCAUGACGAAGACGUGAACAGUGUUGCCUUUGCGGACGACAGCUCUCAGAUUUUUUAUAGCGCCAGCGACGACGGAUUAUGUAAGGUGUGGGAUAGGAGAAUGUUAAACGAAUCUAAUCCACGUGCAGUGGGAAUAUUGGCCGGUCAUAGGGACGGGAUCACGUAUAUCGAUUCGCGUGGCGAUACACGAUAUUUUAUAACCAAUUCUAAAGACCAAUCCAUCAAGUUGUGGGAUACGCGCGUGUUCUCUACUCAUAGAGCCCAGCAAAAUGCUCGCCAGAUUAUCGAACGUCAGGAUUGGGACUAUCGAUGGCAACCUGUACCUCAACGAUUAUGGGAACGAGGCUGCUUAGAUGGUGAUACUAGUGUCAUGACAUAUUACGGUCAUUCAGUCCGCAAAACUUUGAUACGUUGUCGCUUUUCCCCGCCAGAUAAUACUGGACAGAGAUACAUUUACACGGGGGAUUCGACAGGUCGAUUUAUCAUAUACGAUAUUCUAACGGGAAAAAUAGUACGUAAGAUAAGAGGCCACACGGGAUGCGUACGUGAUGUUAGCUGGCAUCCCUUUGAUCACAAUUUCAUUACCUCGUCUUGGGAUGGUAAGAUAGCUAAAUGGGAAUAUUGUGAAACCUACGAUGUGAUGAACGAAGAUGAGCAGCGGCCUCUGCUACGACGGAGUGAGAGAAUAGCCGCACAAAAAAGAGCAAGGGCGUUCAUUGUGAUGUGAGGUAUUUUAUUUUCCAUUGUUUUUCUUUUCUCUUUUUUCGAUGCAAGCUAAUGUUUAUAAAAAGCUCAGAAAAAAAGAAGAAAAUAUCUUUCGAUAAUUAAAUAAAAAAUUAAAUAACGUUAUCUAAGUGUCCAUUUUUCGUCAAGAAUACAAACAUUGUACAAGACUGAAUGACAAAAACGUUUUCUAUCCAUCUUUACCGUUGUGCUCGCAUAUCUUGCGAAAUUCUCGUCGAGAUAAUUUUCUUUACGUUGAUACAGAUUGAAUGAAAAUCGCUGUUCAAUCUGUUUCAACGACAUACGACCGCACGAUUUAUGUGAGACAUAGAGAGCGCUUCCUUCCUUCCUCUUCAUAUUUAAUAAAUAUUUUAUAUCGUAAAAUGUUUUAACUGGAACGUGAUCGUCAUCUAAUUUUUAUUUUUACGAGAUUUAAGCACCACACAAUGAGGCGAUUCCACCUGCUUUUUAUGAAAUCUUUGAUAAGUCGUAUCUUAUCUCAUUAAACAUUACUUUGAUGUAAAACGCAGUUGAUUUUUAUUCUUACAAAGAAACACAAAUUUGUCUCAAUUUUUUUAUUGAUAUUUUUAUUUUAUUAUUUUAUUUGCAUUCGAAUUGAAUUGAUUAAAACUGCAUUAAAUAACUAUAAUUUUCGCAUAAUUUUUUCCGAAAAUGUACAAUUUGCGACUUUGGAUCGUCCCAUUGCCCGUUUUUAGCUGUAUAGAGAAAUUACAUAAUGUAGUUGAAUAUUUGUUAGAAAUUGCGUAUGUAUAAUUACGUGGUCGGUAGCUUUCGUCAGUUCAUGCUAUAUGUAUAAAGGGAGAUUUCUUCGUAACUGCAAUAUAUGAUACUUUUUACAAAAAUAAAAAGAAAGAAUAUAAUGCAUUGAUCUUAGACGCGAUGAAUUUUUCACAUAUAAUCAAAACUUGAAUUAAAAUAAAAUAUAAUAAUUUACGUUGUUUUCGAACCUAGAAUGUCGCGGUUUUUACAGUCGCAAAGCAAUCUCCUCAUUCUGUGAUACGCAGUGAUACUUAUCUUAAGGCUGUAGACAUAUAUAUACAUAGAAAUAAUUUUCUCACCGCGCGAGAAUAUUUUAACAUCAUGAUGUCUAAAGAUUGAGUGUCAUUCUAAUUCUAAUUAACAUUUGAAAUAACUCGAAUGAAUCGUUUUAAUAAACAAAUAAUGUUGUUUAAAAUUAUUGAAAUACGCGGUGUGAGAAAAUAUUCUCCUUUCUCAAGGAGUCUUGUUAAUUAACUAAUUAAUUAAUUAAACAAUGAAUAAACGGAGAAUGAUCGAGAUAAUUUAUAAUUUUUUUGUUCAUUAACAAAAAAUGAAAGAGUAGUGCAAAUCUUGAUGUGUUGUUAAUUAAUUAAUUAAUUAACGAGAAGGACGGUCAGGGCGAUCCAUUUUAAACCAAUUGUAAUCUUUACCGCGAUUAAUUGCCGUGUUUGAUGUAAUUUUUUAUCUCGAAAAAUGUAUCAUAUUGUUGGUUUAAUAAAAUAAGGCCGGCCGUACGGCUUGGCGUUUUAAUAUCA